AUGGACCCCCAUCCCAUCCCAUUCGCACACACCAGAACGGCCUCUGCAACCUUCCCCUUGACCCACAAACCUCCCACCCCCCGACCCAAUGACGUCUCCAGUCCGUUUGCAGACAGCGACCGAGCCAUCCCUCGCCAUGUCCAGCACAAAUACACCACCUCCUUAGGAGGAGCAGCAGCAGCAGGAGGAGGAGCAGGAUCAAAAUCAACAUCAGGAAUACGAGUACAACAACGACCAACUCUACAAGAACCCUCCUUCACCUCCAUCUCCACCCCCAACCACGGAUCCUCCGAACCACGCCACCGACACCCACGCACCUUCGACCCAUUCGGCCUCGGCCACAGUCUCAGUCACAAUCAUAACCACAACCACAGCCACAGCUACAGUCUCGACGGCUCCAGCUCCAAAUCAACCUCCCAUAAACACAAACACACCAAAUCGCGCGAACUAAGACUCCCACGCCCAAUGAGCCAUCUCGCUUCCUCAGCUAGUGCGCGCGGCUUACUACCCACCUGGUCCGGGAAGGAUAAGGACCCCGGCCCACGCGAUGCAGAUGAUGGGUUACUCCGACCGAUAACGCGGGAGACGACGGCGUCGACGACACGGUCUCGCUGGGACUCGGAUUCAACGAGGGGGACUGGUCGGAGGGGAAGUUUGCUUGAUGUUCCUGAGCAGCAUGAGCGGUUGGGACCGAUUAGACGACAGGAGAUUCAGUCUAUGGAGGAUUUGGAGAGGGUUAAGAGGAGGAGGAAACAGGGUGAAGGAUAUCUCCGAUCAGCCCUGACCUCCACCGGAACACAAGCCACAGACGCGACAAGAAGAUUAGAUUACACAUACUACAAUCUCCUCGAGCGAGUAACAGCGUUAAAUUCAACAAUCGCCUCCUUUCAAGAUCUCUCCGAAUCAGCGGCUACAUUCCUGAACGAGUUCGACCGCGAAACAAGCACCCUGGAUACGGAAAUCCGCAAACAAAUCAUCGACUUAAAGGGGUUUACCCCUCAAAGCGACAAAUCCAAGAGCCUAGAAUCCCGCAUGAAAUCCGGUCGUGAGAAAGUCGAGCAACUGGGUACUCGUCUUCAAGCUGUCAAGUCUGAGAUUGACCGUUGGGAACGACGGGAAUUGGAUUGGCAGGAGCGGAUUAGUCGACGACUUAGAAUCUUUUGGGCUGUUGUUGGUAGUGCGGUGAUGGUUUUGGUUUUGGGGGUUGUUUUGCAGAAUUGGCCUGGGAUUGAGCGGAAUCUCCCCGUCGAUUCGCCGAAUUUGGAUUUAGAUCUAGACAUGGGCCCGGCAUUGGCGUCGGCGUCGGAUCCGAUCUCAAACCAAUCUCUCCCACUCCCCGUGUCGGGUACAACACCUCAAUCUGUGGUUGAGUCCAUCCUCCAUGACCAUGGGGUUCAGGUCGAGACUAGUUCGGCGUGGUAUCCAGCCAGCCUUGCGGAUCGUCGGGAGAGUCUUCAGGCGAGGGCUACGGAUGGGGGCGGUGGAGGUGGAGGCUCGAGUGAAAGCUCGAGUUCACGGGCAGUGAAGGCGAAAGCUACGGAUGCGGAAUAUGAUCCUUUGCGGGUUCUUGAUGAGUUGUAA